GCUGGGUCGCCAGGAGGGGCUGGAGCCAAUCCCAGCUACCACUGGAUGGCACUUCUGAUUCUCCUGGUAAUGCUGACAGCAUGUGCUGCAGUGCCUCAAGAAGCAGGAAAUAAUGUGAUUGACAUCUGUGUCAGAAACAACAGAGUAACAUUUACAGGCCAGGAUUACAUGCUGAAUACGUGGCAGUCUAUUUGCACCACUUGGGAUUCUGAAUCUGAACUGGUGCAGCUGUGGCUUAACGGAAAGCCCUCAAUAAAGAAAUUCAUUGGUGGAUCGGUCAUCACUGAUCCAAUUGUUAUCGUAGGACAGGAGCAGGAUUCCCAUGGCGGGGGAUUUGACAUCAAUCAGUCUUUUGUUGGGAUGAUGUCUGAUGUCCACAUGUGGAACUACGUCCUUUCCCCUUGUGAGAUCCAGCGUUUCGUAGAAGAUCUGAACUUCACUCCUGGGAAUGUGAUAAACUGGAGGGCGCUAGAGUUCGAGGUCACAGGCAGAGUGCUAGUAGAAAAUAAGAUCACUUGUGAAUAAAGUUACACUAUAAAUAAAUAAAGUCAUUAAGAAGAAGUUUGAAAAUAUCUGCAGCUGGUCUUUGGUUAGGGUAAUGUCUUUAAUCAGUUUCAUUUUCAUGAAAAAAACAAUCUUAUGUUUUUUUUUUUUUAAUUGAUUAUUCUGAUUGAGCAUGUUAGUUAAUUGCUUUGUAUGUGUAUAAUGGUUCGGGGUUUCUCUUUAACACCAACUCCUGUCAUCAAUAAUCUAAAUAGUUUCCUCAGUAUAAAUACUCUUCCCUGUGUUUUCUGCCAGAUUGUCUUGGUGCAGCGAAGCAUUACGAUAUGUGAUCAUGUGUCAUUUUAUUUCUCUAAUGUUCUUCUUCAUAGUUCAUUAAAAACAAUCAUU